GUAUAUCCGCUCUCUUUCUCCGCCAUUUUAUGUCGCUUUUCUAUUGUUCAUAAUUGAAGUUAGCAGGGGCGGCGGAGCGAUUUACUGCGCAUUAAAACAUUUUUGGAUAUUGCUCAGUGGACAUCAGCAAAAUAGGGUAAAGGAGCAAGAAUCCAAGGUCAUCAUAGAAUACGACACACGUGGAUUUUUCUCUCAGGGUUCGAUCUCAACCUCGGUCGGAAAAUAUGAUGGACGACGAAACACCCAAGACCCUGUAUGUGGGGAACCUGUCCCGGGAUGUGACUGAAGCCCUCAUCAUGCAGCUGUUUGGACAGAUCGGCCCCUGCAAGAGCUGUAAAAUGAUAGUAGACACGGCAGGUAAUGACCCAUACUGCUUUGUGGAGUUCUACGAACACAGGCACGCUGCCUCGUCACUCGCAGCAAUGAAUGGUCGUAAAAUAAUGGGUAAGGAGGUCAAGGUGAACUGGGCCACAACCCCUAGCAGCCAGAAGAAAGACACAAGCAAUCACUUCCAUGUUUUCGUUGGAGACCUCAGUCCUGAAAUCACCACGGAUGACAUCAAAGCUGCUUUCGCCCCCUUUGGGAGGAUAUCUGAUGCUCGGGUGGUGAAAGACAUGGCUACUGGCAAAUCUAAAGGCUAUGGCUUUGUGUCCUUCUUCAACAAAUGGGAUGCAGAGAAUGCCAUCCAACAGAUGGGAGGUCAGUGGUUGGGAGGACGGCAGAUCAGGACUAACUGGGCCACCAGGAAGCCCCCUGCGCCCAAAGCCACCUACGAGACAAACACCAAACACCUGUCGUUUGAAGAGGUUGUGAACCAGUCCAGUCCCAGCAACUGUACCGUCUACUGUGGAGGUGUCACAACAGGCCUCACAGAGCAACUGAUGAGGCAGACCUUCACCCCCUUCGGUCAGAUCAUGGAGAUCAGAGUUUUCCCAGACAAAGGCUACUCAUUUGUGAGGUUCAACUCCCACGAGGGAGCGGCCCACGCCAUAGUGUCAGUGAACGGGACGUCCAUAGAUGGUCACGUGGUGAAGUGUUACUGGGGGAAAGAAACCACAGACAUGGUCAGCCCCAUGCAGCAGGUACAGAUGCCUCAGGUAAGACCGCAGCAGAACAAAAUAGGUUUUGCGGCGCAGCCCUACGGCCAGUAUGCCCAGUGGUACGGUAACGCCCAGCAGAUUGGCCAAUACGUCCCAAACGGGUGGCAGGUGCCCACCUACGGAGUCUACGGACAGGCCUGGAACCAGCAGGGAUUCAACCAUUUACAGGCGGGUGCAGGGUGGACGGGCGUGGGAGCCGUCAGUAAUGGCGGUGUGGUGGAGCCUGGACAGGGAGUCAAUGGGACUGUGCUGGCCAACCAGUCCGGCAUGGGCACCGCUGGCUACCACACCCACUGAUCAGCGUUGGCCUGGCGGCCCAGAGUCGGCCUCCUACCCUCCACAACAGGGAUCCUAUACAGGGGGUGGGGGGGCCAACAUGUGCCCUGUCUUUUACAACAUGAUUAAGAACUCUAUGACGGGGAGGGGGGG